GUUUUCACACAUUCUGUCAUUAACCUAUUUGGAUUUAGGUUUAGUUAAAAGUUUGAAUUUGUUUAAUUUAGUUAAAAAAAAAAAACAAGAAAAAAUGCGCUCGCAUAUCGUGCUUGUUGCUUUGUCUAUUGUUUUAUUGGCAAAAAACAGUGAAGCAAUGAUCCCGGCGUACUCUGUAUCGGCACUUCGAUUGGCCUUUGACGAAAUCUCCACGGUGUUGCCAAUUGCGAACCAGCUAGCUUGCCUCCUGUUGCCAUUCCUAAUCAAUCUGAUCAACAAUCUGAACAAUUUGUCCAACAUUGUUCAGAACCUGACUCCGGCCCUGUUGCCUUACUUCGGUUGCACUUUACCCCUUCUAUACGCUACCCUGACGGAUUUGGCGUCAGUUUUGUUCUUAUACAUUAGUGUACUGAUUUCUUUAUUCAGAUCUAACGUGCUAGCGGCUCCAGGGCUGCUAAUGGGUUUGGUCUCGCAGGUUCUAAACCUUGUACUUGGAUUGCUAACAGGGUUAUCAGAUGGUACUGGCCUGCUCAGCGGUCUGAUCAAGCUGAUCACUAGUGUAUUGGUAGAAUUAGAGAAAUUAUUGCUUUAAGUGUUAUUUUUUUUUUUAUUGUAAAUAAAGUAUUUUAAUAGGUUUA